UGAUCCCUUGCGCUGCACCAAAUGCUGCGCGGCGCGACGCGACGGCUGCUGCUUCGCGGCCUGCGCGGGCCGCGCCACCCCGCCGCGCUCGCGGCGGCGGCAGGCAGCGCCGUCUGCAUCUGGUCGCAGAGCGCAGCGUGCUGCGAGCCGGAGCCGACGUUCACCGCCGCCGAGGUGGCCGCCCACGCUUCGAUGGCGGACGGCGUGUGGGUCACGCUCGGCGACGGCGUGUACGACGUCACCGAGUUUGUCCGGCACCAUCCCGGCGGCGACCACAUCCUCGCGGCGGGCGGCGGGCCGCUCGAGCCGCUGUGGGCGCAGUGGCAGGUCCACCUGACGAGCCGGGUCAUGGGCCACCUGCAGCCGCUGCGCAUCGGCCGGCUCGCGCCCGCCGACCGGUUGAGCGGCCUCUACAACAUCGCCGACCCGUACGACGACGAGCCGGAGCGCGACGGCCGCCUCGGCGUGCUCGGCGCGCGGCCCUUUGACAGCGAGACGGCGCGCGAGGUGCUCGCCACGGCCUUCUGGACGCCACAGCACCUCUUCUACGUGCGCAACCACCUGCCGGCGCCGCGCAUCGACGAGGACGAGCAUCGGCUCACGCUCGACUGGGGGGGCGGCCGCCGUCGGUCGUUCAGCGUGCGCGAGCUGCGGGAGGAGCUGCCGCAGGCGACGCUGCACGCGACGCUGCAGUGCACGGGCAACCGGUGCGACGAGGUCGAGCCGAGCGCGGCGGGCGGCAUCGGCCAGAUUGGCAACGCCUGGUGGGAGGGCGUGCGCGUGCGCGACCUGCUCGCGCUGCGACCGCCGGGCGAGGGCGGCGACGGCGAGGCUCGCGACGGCAAGCCCGGCGGCGACGCGGCUGGGACGCUGCACCUGCACGCGACGGGGUGCGACGGGUACGAGGUGUCGAUCCCGCUCGAGAAGGUGCUCGACGCGCGCGGCGACGUGCUGCUCGCGCACUCGAUGAAUGGCGAGCCGCUCUCGCGCGACCACGGCGCGCCGUUGCGGCUCCUCGCGCCCGGCUUUGUGGGCGCGCGCAGCGUCAAGUGGCUGCAGCACCUCGCCGUGCGGCCAGAGGAGAGUGGCUCCGUCUGGCAGAAGAGGUACUACCGGAUGUUCCCGCCGUGGGUGCGCGACCUCUGCGACAUCGACUAUGACGACGGCGACGUGCCGCCCGUCUACGAGUUCCCCGUGCAGAGCGCUAUCGUGAGCCCGGCGGCCGGCGACGUCGUGACGCUCGGCGACGACGGGGCGCUCGAGGCGCGCGGCUACGCGGUCUCGGGCGCGGGGCAGCGCAUCGUGUCGGUGCGGCUUUCGACCGACGGUGGCGAGAGCUGGCGGAACGCGACGCUGCUGGGACUGCCGCCGCCGGCGCCGCCGGAGCACGGCCGCAACUGGAGCUGGGUGCUGUGGCGGGCGCGCGUGCCGGUGCCACCGGGCGCCCGGGAGGUCACGCUCUGCUGCAAGGCGAUCGACUCGGCGUACAACACGCAGCCGGAGCGCGCGGACUACAACCUGCGCGGCUACCUGUCCAAUGCGAGCCCAAAGGUGGCGGUGAGCGUGGAGAGGGCGGUGCCACGGUGCGGUGGCGGCUAGCGCUUCAUCUCUCACAUUAUUUAGUGUAAAUUUUACCUAAAGCUAAACGCCCGGCUGACCUGCUGUGGGGGUGCCGGCCGGCGAGAGCGGAGAGGCGCCCCCGGAGCUUAAUUAAGUAAGAAUCCAGGACGCGGGUGAGGUGUGUGGAAGCGGAGAUCGUCUCAUCAACGCGCCAGUCCCGUGCCUAGUAAUACCAGCCUGUAACGAACGCCAGAUCGAA